GAGGAGAGAUCGCUCAGCUCUGAUUGGUGAUGCCUUGGUACGACAAAGGGCCGCCUCUUCCCCCUUUCAGAUCUGUGUACAUGUUUGUGAUUUGGUGAGAGACACAGCUGCACGACCCCGUCCUCAUCGGCCCUGGGAUUAUCUCAGAAAACAAAAUGACGACGGACUGCCUGUUCACGCUGGAAAGCGAGAUCGAGUCGUGCAUGGAGGCGCUGCUGCGGGCGAUCGUGUCCGAAGUGGCGGACAUUUUCCGAAGCGGCGUGUCUGCCUCGGAGGACCCGUUUCGAGGCCAGCUCCGCCGGAGCUCGGGGAUGCUGGUGAGGCGGGUGGUGUUCACCCUGACCAAGUUUCUCCGGGGCAGCUUCGGGGAUGAGAUCGCGCAGAUGAAGCGGGAGAUCGAGACCCUGAGGGGGAGGCUGCAGGUCUGGGGGCAGCAGGCGGCGGGGUCGGGGGGAGACCGAGACCGGGGGCAGACGGAUCGCCUCGGACACACGCCUCCCGGCGAGGUGAUCGUGGAAGUCAAGGAAGAAACGGACCCGGAGCUGGAGCUGUCGGGUGCCGGGUGGUCGGAGGUCGGGGCUCUCGCUGACGCUGGGGAAGGGGCUCCUCUUGAACAGCAGUGCAGCGAGGAGGAGGAGGAGGAGGAGUGGGGGUCCGUCUGUAUGCAGGAGACAGAGCUCCUGGCUGCCGAGAGGAAGGAGCAACUCGGGGAGCAGCACAGAAGCAGGGUGGAAGAUCUUGGCGGACCGGAGUAUCGCCCUUCCGAGCAAAGACCCGAGAGCGUGGCUCGCUACCGUCAGGCGAUUGGGGAUCGGGAUGCUCCAAACAGGCAGGGCGCCGGCGAUAUUCCACGAAGCGGCGGCGGAGCGGAGUCCGUCUCUGUCCGAGGACAGAAAGAAGAGGGGCGGGGCGACCUGGACGCCGCGCGGCCCGCGGGACAGGCCGCCGAGGACCUGAGGGCGUCUGAUCAGGGGAGCUACACAGUGAGGGACCUUCAGGGAAACACUAUUGCCACUGUGGGAGCUCACAGAGACACUGUCACCCUGCAGCCUGGAGCCUCUCUGUCUGUCCCUCUGUUCACUGGAGAGCCAGUGGAGGUGCUGUUUGACCCUGCAGGAGGUGGAAACUGGACCUCAGUGUGUUCUGUCCAGAACAGCACAGCCCGCUGUGUCCCCCAGUACACAGACAGAGUGUCGGUGCAGAACAGCUCUCUGACACUGUAUUCCCUCACUCCAGCUGAUCAGAGGAGCUACAGAGUGAGGGACCUUCAGGGAAACACUAUCAGCACUGUGAUCGUCACUGUGGGAGUCUGA